AUGGACGGGCUGUGUCCUGCUGCUGGCAGGGGUGGCACGAGCAGCGUCCCACCUGUCACACCCCAGGGACGCCUCUCGGGCCGGGAGGAUCCUGCCAGGGGUGUGGACGCCUCUGCCCCCACUGCAGGUGAGGAGUGCGAGUCCUGCUGGCCCCAGGCCCUGGAGCUCCGGCCCCACGGGGACAGCCUGCACCGCCGGGGACAAUGGUGGAGGGACACGGACACGGACACGGACACGGCACCAGGGACACGGCCCCGGGACAUGGCAACAGGUAAGGCUGGGCUGGCAGGGAGGAGCAGCCCCGCUCCCGAGGCAGGACACGGCUCCCCGGAGCCCCCGGUGGUGCUGCUGGCUCUCAGGGACACCUUUCCCCCAGAGCUCUCUCUCUCCUUCUCUGUGGAGAGCCGCUCCUGCGGGCGCCGCAAUGCCCAGCUCCAGGAGGCUGCCAGGAGGAGGCUGUGGGCUCUGGAGAGCGAUGACACAAGUGUCUGUGCCCUCUUCAAGGAGCUGUCAGCCAGGCUGGUCUGCACCCAGGCACAUGAGGAUCGCUUCCUCCUCACCUUCAAAACCCCCGAGGAAGUCUGGAAGUUUUCCACCUAUCUGACUUUAGGGUACGUGGGGACCUGCCUGGAGCAGCUGCUCCUUGCCCAGGAGUUCUGGCUGGACUGUGCCCUGGUGGAGGACACAGAGCUCAGGGUCACCGUGGAUGAGGAGCACCUGGCCACCAUCUACAUGGAUCUGCUCCUCCAGGAAGGGAACUUCUUCUGCAGGGCAGUGCCUGGGGUCUGCAAGCUGGAGCAGGAGGGAGAGGAGGGUCUGCAGCUCUGCAGGAACGAGCUGGUCCAUGUGAAGAGCGCUGGACAGGAUUCCAGAUGGGAAGGGAUGUCCCUGCUGACGGGGCAGCGAGGCGUGGUGCCCGUGACUGCUCUGGAACCACUAGCUCACCCCUUUUACCAGUGGUUCCUGAGGAAUUAUGCUGUGAGCUUUGGCCUCUCCCAGGAGAUCAGCGGGACGAGCUCUCGGGCCAUUGUCAGAGGCAGGUGCAUCGCCACCAAGGACCACAGAGGAGCAGCGUGGGAUGAGCUGAGCUUCUCCAAAGGAGAUCCCAUAGAAAUCAUUGGAUUCUUCAUCCCUGGGCUGCCCUGGUUUGUGGGCAAAUCCCUCAGCACCAGGAGCAUCGGCUUCGUUCCCACCCGACACGUAAACCCCGAGGCUUGCGAACCUCUGGGAAAGGGCUUUGUGUUUCUGAGUGAAGAGGAGAAGUCCCCAGUGCUGCACAUCCCCUGCAAUGGUGACGAGGAACACUUUGCCACCCUCCUGGGGGACCUGGCACACACGGACAUCACCUCUGUGUACAGGCUGGCUGGGUUUGAACCCACAGCCGCGUUCCCACAAGUGCCACCAGAGGCUGCUCUCCAUGGCAGUAAAGAAAUCCAGGUGCUCCAGUCCUGGGAGGAGAUCAAUGACUGGGCCACCAGCAGCACCUCAGAGCUGUCCAGCCCAGGCAGUGAAACAGGUCCUGGCACACUGGAAGAUGUUCUGCUGGAGAAGCUGGACGACUUGGAUUAUCCCAAAUUCUUCAUCGACCUCAACGCUGGCCACAUGGAGGAUGCUGAUGUCUUUGACCCCAUACUGACCUUCCUCAACCAAGACAGUUUCGUGCCCAGUUUCCAAAGCUUUUAUGAUCUCAGCUUUUCCUUUCUCCACUCCACUUUUUAUGGUUUCUCUGAUGAGGAUGAACUGGUCCUGUACCUCGAGACUUCCCGCAACUGGGCCAAGAGGACUCGUUCAGUUUGGGCUCACGUCAGGCUCUGCUUCCUCUUGGGUAAGCUCUGCAUCAAAAAGCUCAAGCUCUCCCAGGCCCGGGUGUACUUUGAGGAAGCCAUGAGUGUCCUGGACAGGGGCUUUGGGGACCUGCCCCUGCUGGCAGCACUGCACGGGAGCCUUGCCUCCAUCUACCUGAAGCAGAACAUGAAGCACAAGUUCUCCUCCCUGCUGGGGAAGACAGUGACCCUGCUCGUGUGCCUGCCUGGCCGCUCCUUCAGCUCGGAGAAUGAGCUGGAGCUCCUCACCUACAUCCUGAGGGAAUCCAUCGCUGUGGGCAAUGCCCCACUGGAGGCCCGGAUCUGCUUCCUCAUUGUGAAACUCUUCCUGCAGCUGGGCAGGACCGAGGAGGUGCUGCCCUUUCUGGAGCAUCUCCAGUGCCUCAGCACCACCUGGCUCAGCCCAGGCAGCCGUGCUGGGCCCCUGGAUGCCACUGCCACCCUGGGCUACCUCUACGACAAGAAAUGCCUGCCGAACAUCGCGCUGGCCUCCGUCAGGUCCUUCGUUCCCAGCAGCACCAAGGGCACACCGACUCCCGUCUGGCGAGCUGGCUUCAUCCUCCAAAACGCUUCCAAGCUCCUGGGGAGGCAGCAGCAGGACAGGAGCACCAUCCCAGCAGUGGCUUGUGUGUACCUCAGGCAGGCUCUGCAGUUCUGCUGCGAGAGCAGGGCCGUGCCCAUGCAGAGGAUGCUCUGCGCCAUCCUGUCCAGGGUGUACCUCCAGCACGGCCUGCUGGAUGGAGCCAUUCCCUACGCAGCUAGAGCAGCAGAUCUGGCCAGACUGCUGGGGGAGGACGAGGCAUUUGAGUCCUCGCUGUGCCUGGCCUGGCUGUACGUGCUGCAGCGGCGGCCGGGCCCGGCGGGGCAGCUCCUGCAGCGGCUGCAGCGCUGCCUGCGCGGCGCGGCCUGCGAGACCCCGCAUGGCGCCGUGCACAACCUGCUGGCCAUGGCCCUCACUGCCCAGGGCCGCCUCCAGGAGGCCGCAGAGAACUUCCUGAGGGCCCUGCACAAGGCCAAGGAGGCGGGGAGCUGCAGGAACCAGGCCGUGGCCCUGGCUAACCUGGGCCAGCUGAGCCUGUCGUGUGGGGCGGCCCAGCUGGCCGAGCUGUACCUGCUGUGGGCAGUGCGGCUCUACAGCGAGCUCCAGGGCCACCGAGAGAUGGACACGGAGCUGGCACAGGUGCUGCUGUGGCUGGCACAGGCCAUGGUGGACAGGCAGAGGAGGGAAGAUGCCAAACUGUGUUAUGAGCUGGCGCUGGGCUUUGCCCUGAAGUGGCAGAACCUGAGGAGUCAGCUGCACGUCACGGAGUGUCUGUGCCAUUUCUACAGCAGAGUGUGCCCUGACCUGCAGGCCUCCAUCACCUACCACGAGCACUGGGCAUCCCUGGCACGGCAGCUGCAGGACAGGGAGAUGGAGGCCAGUGCCAGGCAGGCCCUCAGCCAGCUCUACCAGGCUCUGGGCACACCUCAGGCUUUGAGACAAUCCCUGGACUGCACCAAGCAGAGCCUGAGGAUCUUCAUCGACCUGCAGGAGGCUGUGAAGGCAGCAGAGGCCUGGCUGCAGGCAGGAAAACUCUAUUACCUCCUGCAGGAGGAUGAGCUGGUGGAAAUGUACUUCCAGGCAGCCAUCCAGACUGCUCUGAAAGGGGACAACUUCUCCUUGGCCAUGGACCUUUAUGAGAAAGCAGGUGACACCUUCUUCAAUGGCAGCCGGAACAGGGCCCGGGCAGUGGAGUUUUACAGGGGAGGAGCUGUGCCCUUGGCCAGGAAACUCAAGGCCACCCAGACAGAGCUGAGGCUGUUCAACAAACUGGCAGAGCUGCAGAUCAGCCUGCAGGGCUAUGAGAAGGCUCUGGAGUUUGCCACGCUGGCAGCCAGGCUCAGCCUCAGGGUCGGGGAUCAGCUGCAGGAGCUGGUUGCCUUCCACCGCCUGGCCACAGCCUAUGACCUGCUGCACAUGCACGAGAUGGCCGAGGAUUGCUACCUGAAGACCCUGGCCAUGCGUCCCCCCGUGCUGCAGAGCUCAGCAGAGGCCCUGUACUACUGCAAGGUCUACUGGCACCUGGGCAACCUGGCCCUGCACAAGCUGAAGGAUGAACAGGAUGCAGCCUCCUACUUCCUGCUGGCCCUGGCUGCAGCCACCGAGCUGGGGGACCAGGAGCUGCAGGCCCUGCUCCGUGCCAAGCUGGGUGCCAUCCCCGGAGCCCCAGGGGGACCUGAGGGCACCCCAGGCUGUGCCACAGACCGGCCCCGAUGGCUGAGCCAAGGUGGCCACGUGGUGUGACCCGUGUGCCACCCUGGGGACACCAGUGGAGACAUCCAGCAGCACCAUGCCAGGUCUGUGUGCCCACCAGGACCAGCCCAGG